AUGGAGGACCUCAACGACUUUGAGCUCUUCCGUGCGUGUGGCCCGCUCUAUCCAGCCUUUGCAAUCGAGAGCCUCACCAGCAUCAUUCUCGGGCUGUUCUUCACCUACCUCGCCCUGCGCAUUGUCGUGAGGACCGAUGUCAAGCAACCGAUAAAUGCAGUGUGGCUUAUGAUCCGUGACUACAUCUCCCCAGCUGCAGACCAGUGGUGGACGUUGAUGAAGAC